CUAGAGGGGACACGACAUCGGCAAAAGGGUUAAAGUCUUCCUGAUCGUCAUAAAUAGAAUCGCCAAGCAUUUUUGGCAGUACUCGGUAGACGGGAUAUGUGUUGUCCUUGCACGGUGUAGCACCUCGAGGCAGAACAACACAACUUCGGUAAAAAACUGAUAAUGGGCCGCCUCAAUGAAACGCGAGCGCUAAGACGUAAAGUCGGAAAACUUAGAAUUGAGGAUUAUUAAUUAGAGCUUGCUUUGGAAGGAUAGAUAGAGUUCCUUGUGGGUGUCUUAUAACGACACAUUCUAAUAGGCGGCGAUAAAUUUUCCACGCAAAAAUUUUUUACUUUCUACCGUUGUAAUACUUGCAGUUUUUUAGAUCUUUUGGUGCUACUUUUUCAUAACUUUAACACUCUUGAUUUUGUACAAUUUUGUUGUUCAUGCUGAACAACGUUUUACCAAACCCCACCAUUCUCAGUCUCAUUCAACAUUGUUGAAAAUAUGUCUUUAACAAUAUGGAAUACAGAUUCCAUUAAAGACCUUGCAGAAAUGCUUGGGAUUGGAAACUUGGGUGACGAUGUAGCAAAAGCAAUUGCUAUGGAUUUAGAGUACAGAAUUCAUCAAAUUAUACAGGAAGCAAUCAAGUUUAUGCGGCAUUCAAAACGUCGUGUGCUAACGAACUCGGACAUAUCUGCUGCUUUGCGUACUUUAAAUGUGGAACCAUUGUAUGGAUUCAAUUCAAAUGAGCCAGUGGUAUUUAAUGAGGCACCUCUUGGACCUGGUCAAAGUUCAUUGUACUAUUUGGACGAUGAGGAAAUUGAUUUUGAGAAAGUAAUCAACGCGCCUUUACCAAAAAUCCCGAGAGAUAUUACGUACACAGCUCACUGGUUGGCAAUCGAGGGCGUUCAGCCUACCAUUCCUCAAAAUCCAACAACUGCAGAUCAUUCCGGAGCCGGUGGAGACUGGUCAGCGAAAGCUGGUGCUGCUGGUGUAAAGUCGGCAGGUGGAAAGAGCACAAGCGAUGUUUUUCCUUCAGCUGAUAAUGUUGAAGUGAAGCCUCUUGUUCGACACGUUCUUUCAAAAGAACUCCAAUUGUACUUUGAACGCAUCGCAAACGCUUUACUUUCAGACUCAAACGCAGAACUCAGGAAUGCUGCAUUGUCGAGUUUACGUACUGACCCGGGUCUUCAUCAAUUGCUGCCGUAUUUUAUCAUUUUCCUGUCCGACUCCGUCACACAGAACCUAAGCAAUCACAACGUUCUGAAAACCCUUAUGCAAAUGGCUUGGUCUUUGCUGGAUAACCCUAAUCUUUUCGUUGAACCUUAUAUUCACCAACUAAUUCCUCCCAUUCUGACAUGUAUGGUUGCCAAGUACUUGGGCCCAGGAGGUUUGGACACUGAGCAUUAUGAACUGCGAGAUUUUGCCGCAUACCUCCUGGGUAUUAUUUGUGAUCGAUUUGGUGAUGUUUAUUACACAUUGAAGCCUCGUGUUACAAGAACGUUGUUGAAGGCUUUUCUUGAUAACACAAAGCCUUUCACUACUCACUAUGGCGCCAUUAUCGGUCUUAAAACAAUGGGAAAGGAAGCAAUUCGUGUUCUUAUUGUGCCCAAUAUCAAGGUUUACGAGUUGCUGGUAAUUAAGGCAUUGGAAAAGGGCACUCCACAAGAAAAACAGGAGGCAAACAGAUGCAUCAAUGCUCUAAAUGAUGCACUUCACAUGUUAAAGGAUGAUCAUCCUGUUGGAAAUGCAGAAAGCGAACAACUCCCCCCGAACACUCGAGGUCUUUUGGAAAAAACGUAUGGAAUCUUGUUAACGGAAAAGUUGAUGGAGGAAAACGACGCAUUGCUCAUAAAAACACUUUUAGAUGAAGUUCAUUAAAAAGGGAGGCAGACACUUACAAUGAAAUAAUGCAAGUUAAUUUGUUCGCUGUUGUUUUAGUCACUAUCCAGUUCAUCUUCUUCUGUAGCAUUUGUGACAACGAAACGUUUGGCACCUUCGGCUGGUUCUUCCCAGUCUGAUGAACUGAAACUAUCGGAGCGAUGAGUGACGAGAUACGAUUGUAACUCAUGUGUGGGAGAGCCACUUCCGGAGGCACUUUCCUCUGAAUGCGGCGAGUUUGUACCAGUUGCCGACUGCAUAGACAUUCCCAUAAGUGAAGGAGUGUCCGUACUGUGCAUAGAACUAGCACGCGAAGAGCCUGCAAAAGGAGUAAAUGUAAAAGACUGGCUUGCAGACGCAAUUUUAAAGUCCUCCUCAUCAUCAUCUCUGCCUUCUGUUGCAGAAAGUCUAGGAGUUAAGAGUGUGUGCUGAGGAGCAGUGGCCUUGCUAUGUAACGAUGCAGGCCGAGUAUGGUGAACGUUAUGAUGCUGACUUGAGAACACUCUGGAACGCAUGCUACCCAGACUUUUGCUGAAGCCUUUUUUGCUAUGUUGAGACAUCUUGCGUGAGUUGAGUGAAUUCACAGGAGCGAGUCGGCCCUGAUCGGUCCAAACAGUUGCUUUGGCUCUACGAAGGUUCUGGACGUAGGAUCCUCUUUCUUCUCUCUCUACAGGAGCCGGUAUGCGGCCUGGCGCUGCAUUUGGAUUUAUAGUAGACGAAGCUGCUGCCUGUGCUACUGGAGCAUCAUUCGGGUUGCUUUCGGAACCAUCCUUGCUCAACCACGGUAAUCCAGCACGUGGAUCUGUCAUAUUUAUUUAGACGUUGCUCUCACAGAAAAGGGACGAAAGUAUUUUUUCGUCGAUUCCUGGAUAUCAGAAUCCUUUCUCUAAGCCGAUAAAUGCAGUUAAUAAUAAAUAAGUAGGUAUUCCUUAAUUAAUAGUACUCCGGGAGUAGGGAAUGAAUUAAUUUUGAGCUUCU